GCCAGGAACCUACACGCGGCGUUCCCAGGACAACGAGAUGCCAAACAACCGCGGGAACCCAGCGACGGACACCCCGCGUUGACUACGACCCACGGCAGACGUGCAUCGAAACCCGCCUCGAGUUUAUUUCAUUUUAAAGUUGCUCACGAGUCAGAGAGUUGUGAGGAAUAAACUUGAGGGCGGUGGAAUUGACGAAGAACAGCACAGACAUGAGACGCAACUGGGGCGCCAGCUGGCAGGAGCGGCUGACGACGCAGCGGCAGAGCGACGAGCUGCGGAGGCAGCAGGAGGCCAAGCGCGUGCACACGGAGCGGCGGCUGCAGGCCAUCGUGCGGGACGAGGAGGGCACCGAGAGGAGGAGGCAGGCGCGCCACGUGCGGGAGGAGCGGGAGGAGAGGCAGAUGGAGAGCGCCCUGCUGAAGGAGGAGGAGGACAGAAUAUACAGGGAAAAGCAAAUUGAACAAGAGGAGAGAAUGGCCAAAGAGCUCGCCCGCAUCAACUAUGAAAAGGAAAGAGAAGAGAAAAUGAGGCAGCAUAUCAAAGAGAACAGCUUGGAGCUUCGAGAAUUGGAGUCAAAACUGAAAUCUGCAUAUCUGAACAAGGAGAGAGCGGCACAAAUGGCCGAGCAGGAAGCAAUGAGGUUUGAGACAAUGCGUGAGGAGGCAGAUUAUGGUCGCAAAUUGGAGAGAGAGCGUGAGCGAGCAGCCGUUGAGCAGCAGAGGCUGGAGCAGAAACACCACGAGGAGCAGGUGCAGUAUCAGAGGCAGCUGGAGCAGCAGCUCAUGGAGAGGGAGCGCAGGAGACAAGAGGCGUACGAGGAGUUCCUCAAAGAGAAGCUCUUAGUGGACGAGAUCAUCAGGAAGAUUUACGAGGAGGAUCAGAUGGAGAGGCAGCUGAAACUGGAGAAGGUCAGAGCCACGAAGCAGCACAUUGAAGAAUUCAAGAGGCAGCAGGCCGAGUGGAGACGCAUGGAGCAAGAAAAGGUGGAGGCUGAGAACAGACGCAUCGUGGAGUUUGCGAGCCAUCAGCAGCACAUGGAGGAUGGCAGAAUGGCCAAGAUCCAAGAGAUGGAAGAAGCCAAAGAGAAACUUUACAAAAAGCUGUCUAAGAGGAUUGAAGAGGAGAGGCAGCAGCGCGAAAAGAUGGAGCAAGUCCGUGAGGAACUUUAUUUAGAGGAACAAGAAGAAGCGAACAGGCAGAGAGAAAUUGAAGCUAUGGAGGAGAAAAUCAGACAGAGGCUGAUGAUGCAGCAGACGUUCCAGGACCAGAUGGCUUUCAAAGAGAUGCAGAGGAAGGCAGAGAAAGAGGAAGAUGAGGCCUUCAGGAAAACAAUGAUGACUAAGUUUGCCGAGGACGAUCGGAUAGAGCAGAUGAACGCCCAGAAAAGACGCAUGAAGCAACUUGAGCACAAACGCGAGGUGGAGAACCUGAUAGAGGACAGGAGACGGCAGCGCGAGGCUGACUUGGAACUGGAGGCCAAAGAAAGAGCAGCGGAGCAGGAGAGGGAGGCACUGCGUCGACAGAUAAUUGAAGAAGAAAGGCAGAAACUUCUUAAACGUCACGCAACAAAACUCCUCGGAUACAUGCCGAAGGGCUUGCUUCGUGAGGACGACCUGGAGCACUUUGACGAAGACUUCAGAAAAAACUUUAAAGCACGUCCGGCUGAUAUCUCCUCUGAAGACAGCUGGGAUGGUGACGAUUAAACGCUUUUCUUUCAGUUUGCCACUAGAGGGCAGGCUAAGGCUACAGUGACCACUCAGUAGCAUUCUUUGGAGAUUUGUAUUUGUAACACAAAUUAUAUUCAGAAAGACAGAGAAAAGACUAUCUAGACACUUUUACUCAAUUUACCUUUAUUCCUAAAAAAAUAAAUGCUGAAUCUCUGAGUUCAUGACUUCCCCCAGUCUAGAGCUUUCAUGAACGACAGCAGCAUGGCAGGUUCAAAUUGCAUCUGCAGACACAACAAUAAAAACACUAUUUUUGAUUAAAAACUAUAAACUUGGUUUGUAUUACCAGGAUAUGGAAAAGACACUUACCUUGUGUCUUUUGAGAAUGUCAAUCAGCCUGAGCUGCUUGUUGAAACCCACAAUGAGUGAUGCUUUCUGUUUGUUUUUCUUGUCCUUAUUCAACAGAAUGUAAGAGGCUACAUUAGAACAAGUCAGACAACCUCUGCAAGUUCUCAGAUGCAAAACAAAGAGAUUUACGCAGCAUAUUCAAAUUCAGUUCUGUUUAAAAAGAGCUCAAUGAAUUUUCCUCCAACAUUGUCUUCAGAUUAUACACAGUAUUGCAUAUGGUACACGUAUAUUUUUGUUUUUAAGUUCACUGUACAUGUCAAAAUUCAGCUGCUGUACAUGAAAGACUUCUGAUCUCCACACUCCAAGACCAUACCACAGUAUACGUACAAUACAAACACAAAUGCUGUUAAAAUUCUAUCAAAAUAAAAGAUUAAAUUCUUUA